AUGGCCAUAGCCGUUGCUGCCGGUCCCUUGGUCCAAACCCUCCUAGCCGCUACUGGCGCAUAUGCGCUCUACCUUGUCGCCCUUGUAAUCUAUCGCCUGUACUUCCACCCGCUCGCGAAAUUCCCCGGCCCCAAGUACGCGGCAAUCAGCCACUGGCACGAAGCCUACUAUGAUGUCUUCCUGAAGGGACAGUUUACGUUCAAGGUCCAGGAGAUGCACCAAAAAUAUGGACCGAUCGUACGCAUUGUCCCCGACGAGCUCCAUAUCCAGGACUCGGACUUUUACGAGACUCUCUAUACCAAGGCCGGGCGCGUGGACAAGUAUGAGUGGAUGGCUGGCCGGUUUGGUGAUCACGACUCAGCUUUCGCGACAGCGUCGGACGAGCUUCAUCGCAUUCGACGGGGUGCUCUCAACCCGCUCUUCUCGCGACAACGCAUCCUCGAUCUCCAGGAUGUGAUCCAAGGUAAAAUCGACAUCCUGGUGGAGCGUGUCCGCGAGUUCCAGGCCACUGAGAAAGUCAUGCCUAUCAACCGGGCAUUUGCGGCACUUACGGAGGAAGUCAUACUGGAAUACUGUUUCAGCCUCAGCUACGACGCUCUGCGCGAACCCGAGUUUGAAAAGUCGCUACACGAUCCGAUCAUGGCCGCUAACCAGUUCAGCAACGUGUCUCUGCAGUUCCCGUGGAUCCCUAUGGUUCUUUUCAACCUUCCCCAGUCCAUCACGGUGAAAAUGCAGCCUGAAUACGCUCUGUUCUUCAGGAUGCAAAAUGACUUUCGGAAGCAAAUCGACGCGAUGAAAGCCGGCAAAAUGAAGGAUGUCCUGGAGAAGUCUUCUCACCGAACAGUGUUUCAGGAGUUGGUUGAAGGUAACUUACCACCAUCAGAGAAGAAUUCACUACGAUUACAGGGCGAGGCUUCCGUCGUGGUCGCGGCGGGAGUCAUCACAACAGGCUGGGCGCUGUCCACGGCGGCUUUCCAUAUCAUCAACAAUCCACCGAUCUUUCAGAAACUACGGGCCGAGUUGGAGGCUGCUAUGCCGGACCCCACCGUCAAGCCCAGCUGGUCUGACCUCGAGAAGCUACCAUAUCUUUCCGGGUGUGUGCGAGAAGGGGUUCAGUACAAGGGCUGGAUCAUCCCCCCAAGGACUCCUGUGAGCAUGACCAAUGUCGACGUGUGCGACGACGAGAAGAUCUUUCCGAAUCCCCGAACGUUCCAACCUGAGAGAUGGAUCGGCAAUCCUAAGACAGCCCACGGGCAAAGCUUGGAAAGAUACUAUGUUAGCUUCGGCAAGGGUUCACGAAGCUGUCUGGGCAUCAACCUUGCACACGCCGAACUCUACUUGACCAUCGCGUCUCUCUUCAGAAACUUUGACUUUGAGCUUUACCAGACCGAUAUUAGCGAUCUCGAAUUAGCGCACGACUUCUUUGCUCCGAGCCCACGACUCGACUCGAAGGGCGUCAGGAUUAAGGUUAAGCCCGCAUAG